UUACCGAUUAAACAAACAACAACAUAGUAAGUCAGCCUCAAGGCAGAGUAAAAUGGUCUUUUUCUAAGUAAGUCUUCCUCUGUCCCACUCACUCCGAAAAGUCCAUUAUCUCCUUUUCCAUUGCUGUUUCCAUUCUGCACCUCCAAAGCUAAUAGUCCUACAGCCUCUAAUUUCUUUCUGUCCCUUUCUUCUUCUUCUUCUUCUUGUUUUCACACCUUUGACAAAUACAGCUAAAACGGUGCGUUUUCCACCCACCUUUCAUGCUACUCCGUUUUAAAAAGCCAGCCAUAGGAAAAAGCUCAGAGUGAGAUAGAGAAAGAGAGAGAGAGAGAGAGCGCAAAAUACAUUACAAUCCAAAAACACAGAAAAUGGGUUAUGCUACGGUGUUUGUCGGCCUGUGUCUACUCUGUGCACUAGCCUCAACGGAAGCACAAUUCAACUGCAGCUCACAGAGCAAGUGCUCGGCCCUGAUAGAUUACCAAGCUCCAAACAAAACCACGCUGGGCGCCAUCAAAACCCUCUUCGGCGUAAAGAAAUUCUACAACCUACUUGGAGCCAACAACCUCGGAAUCUCGACCCCACCGAACACGACGGUGGCCGAGAAUCAGACGAUUUUGAUACCCUUCAUGUGCCUGUGCGCCAACGGCACUGGGGUUUCGGACAAUGUUCCGAAAUACUCGGUGAAGGCCGGUGACAGUCUGGACCACAUAGCGAGAGAUAUAUUCUCGGCGUUGACGACGUACGAGGAAAUCGCGAGGGUGAAUAAUAUAGCGGCGCCGGCGUAUAUAAUCCAGCCGGGCCAGCAUCUGUGGAUUCCGCUUCCCUGUAGCUGUGAUUUGGUGGACGGGGUUAAAGUCGUCCACUACGGACACAAGGUCGAGAAAGGGAGCACGCUUGAGAUUAUCGCUCGGAGGUACGGUACCACCGAGAACACCCUGCUCAGGCUCAACGGCAUGACCAAUUCCAGUGAGCUUUUGGCCGAUCAAAUCCUUGAUGUUCCUCUCCAAGCCUGUUCAUCUUCGAUAAAGAAUGAAUCUUUGGAUACCUCUUUGCUUCUUUCCAAUGGUACCUAUGCCUUGACGGCUUACCAAUGCGUGAAGUGCAAGUGCGAUGCUGCAAACAAUUUCACAUUGCAAUGUGAGCCAUCCCAGCUUAACUCCACUCAUUGGAAAGUAUGUCCUUCCACACAAUGCGAGGACUCGAGUUUAGUCCUUGGCAAUACCACAGGUGGGUCUUCCACGUGUGAGCUCAAAACCACCUGUGCCUAUGCUGGUUACAAUAAUUCAACCAUCUUCACAGUCCUUGCAAACAGUUCUACUUGUCCAGCUCCAUCUCCAUCUCCCAACAAUAAAGCUGGUUCAAAGAUGGGUUUGCAAAUCUUGAGUUGGAACUUCCUUUUCGUCACAGUUCACUUGGUUUUUCUCUGUCUUUGCCUUUCGCAAUGAGAUGUUGGUAAUUUUCGGCGAGAUCAUCUGGUUUUUGCUUGUUGUAUGAGGACAGUUGCUAGCGGUUGAACUACAAAUGAAUUGUCUCAUUAAUUUGUAUAUUGUUGGAUUUGAUGUAUAAGAACAGACUCAUUUUGGUGAGCAACAGAGUUUGUUGGUAAAGUUGCUUUUUACCAUUGUUCCUUAUUGGUCAUCAAUAUUUUACAUUGAAAAUUUACCACUAUCCUUAUAAUAUGCGUAGCUUUUUUCCA